CAUCCACCAGCACCUCCAGAUCCUUCUACCCAGGGCUGCUCUCCAUCUGUUCAUUCCCAGCCUGUGUCGAUACCAGGGCUGCCCCAACCCAGGUGCAGCAGCUUGCACUUGCCCUUAAUGAACCACAUGAGAUUCCCAUGGGCCUGCUACUCCAGCUAACAUUUUGAGCUAUCCCUGUGAGUAUCCCUCCAGAAAUACUCCUUGGCAGUCUGAAAGGAGGAGACUCCAUUCCUUUGACGUUUUCACCUUGGUGCUGGGGCAUUGUUUAAGCCAUGCUUACCUUGAGUGAAGUGAGCUUGACAGGUAUCUCAAGUCAGUAAUUCUAACAGAUGUAACAUCAUUGAUGUGUUGUCUUUAUUUGAUACACAGGAUGUUUACUGUGGUUUAAUUUAUUUUAUCAAAUAAUGACAACUUUUCUCAUUUACUGUUGUUUCUUGUUUCAUCCCUCUUUCCUUGGUAGCUGUAGUUCUUGGAUGCUCACAACUACACGUAGUAUGAUGGACAGAGCUAAAAUAGAAAAAGUAUUUUUUGAGGCUUUUGAGUUAUAGAGUGUUUUCUGAAAGUGGUAGUAAAAUGUGACUGUCCUUGAAAACCUUAUAUAAUUUGUGGAAUCAGUGGGUUAAUUUUGAUUCUCACCUCCUAAAAGAUGGAAUUUCAAAACCUUUAUUUAGUGAAAGUUUCUUGUAAAGAAAGUUAACAUCAAGGGAAGAUGAACCUCAAAUAGAAAGAUGAUCUCAUUCUUGUUUUUUCUCAUCAUCUUAUGCAUCAUCACGUCAACCUUUUGUCUGUAGCUAAGCUUUUUAUACCUCUAAGUUCCAUAAAGAUUGAGUUUCAAAUGUGAUGAUGCCAAUAACUUUGGCAGCUGAGAUGCCUGUCACUUUUACUUUAAAAUAAAAGCCACCUUUUUUGAUAAAAUAGUUGCAAUUCUUGUAAAAAGCAUGUUAGAAGCAUGAAAUCUUAUGACAACUUUGUCAUGUGUCCUCAUUUUAGACAGGUAAAUUAUCUUAAAUUAGCUCACACAGUUCCUAAAAACAGUGUUUUGCACUAGUCAAUACAUUUUAUAUUCCUCCUCUUCAAAGACUUCUGAGAAUUGAUAAUUUCCCCCCCUCUGUACAAAGAUUAGAUCAAUUUUGCAGAUACUUUCAUAAAUUCCAACAAAAGGAAUAGGUAAGUAUAACAUACUUGUCCAGGCCCUUUUUAAAAAGCUGUGUGUACACAAUGCAAUCGAGGAAUUUACUGAUACACAUGUACAGACAGAAUAGUUUAGUAUAGGAGUGAUGCAUAUAAUCUUUAUGUGAUCAUUCUCUGCAGGUUGCAUUACUAGAGAAGCAUAAGUCCUUUCAUAUCCUCUGUCCUCAAAGGACAGUAGCCAAAACACUGCAGACAGUUGGAGUUUUGUUGCUUAAUAGCACAUGGUCUUGCCACAGCAAAACCAGUAAGUGUCCAUCAUAGCAGUAAGUUCUAUUCCUGUGUAACUUGCUACACGCCAUUAAGCUUCAACAGUUCCCCUAGUGUUUAGAUUGCACAGGUUUGAAUGCAUGCCUCAGGUGUGCAUUUGGCCUCUGGUAACUUUAUCGCAAUCUUUCUUUUCUCUCUGAUUUCUUCAGCAGAGAUUCCUAUGUAAGAAAUAUGUGGCAGGGGAGAAAGAGGUAUCAACAAGCCAAUGCUUCUCUCUAGCCUCCUCAUGCAUCAAGCAACUACUUUCCCUUUUUCUUCUUCAUUAUGGGUGGGAGCCGUAACUCUUAGUAUAAGGACUCUGUUGUAGGCUGGAGGAAGAGGAAGACUGCAAUAAAGAGGAUAACUGGUGCUCUCCCCACUUUCCUGGUUGCACAGUGGGACUUUUCCCACUGCUGCUGAUGCCCAGAUGGUCUCCUUGCGGGAGGAGCAGCCUCAGCCGUUCUGUGGAAGAGAAACCUGAUUGCUCCAAGGCCCGCUGUGAGGUCCAGUUUUCCCCUCGAUGUCCAGAAGAUUCCAUCUUGAUUGAAGGCUAUGCACCUCCUGGUGAAUGCUGUCCACUCCCAAGCCGUUGUGUGUGUAAUCCUGCAGGCUGCUUGAGGAAGGUUUGCCAACCUGGCUAUUUGAAUAUAUUGGUUUCUAAGGCAUCAGGAAAGCCAGGGGAAUGCUGUGAUCUCUAUGAAUGCAAGCCAGUGUUCAGUGUGGAUUGCAGCACAGUCGAGUGUCCUCCUGUUCAGCAAGUUGUUUGCCCCCUGGAUAGCUAUGAAACCCAAGUCAGGCUGACGGCCGAUGGCUGCUGCACCCUGCCCACAAGAUGCGAGUGUCUCACUGGGCUAUGUGGUUUCCCCAUGUGCGAGGCAGGCUCCGUUCCCCAGAUAGUCUCGCGUGGAGAUGGAACGCCUGGCAAGUGCUGUGAUGUCUUUGAAUGUGUCAAUGAAGUGAAGCCAACUUGCAUAUUUAACAGCAUGGAAUAUUAUGAUGGAGACAUGUUUCGCAUGGAUGCGUGUCGAUUUUGUCGGUGCCAAGGGGGCGUCUCCAUUUGUUUCUCUGCCCAGUGUGGUGAGCUACACUGCGACAGGUACUAUGUGCCAGAAGGAGAGUGCUGCCCAGUCUGUGAAGACCCACUUUAUCCUGUCAAUAACCCUGCUGGCUGCUAUGCCAAUGGCCAGAUCCAAGCUCACGGGGACCGCUGGCGGGAGGACGACUGCACGUUCUGCCAGUGCAUCAACGGGGAGCCGCACUGCGUGGCCACGGCCUGCGGGCAGAGCUGCCUGAACCCUGUCAAGGUCCCUGGGGAGUGCUGCCCUGUGUGUGAAGAACCAACAUAUAUCACAAUAGGUCCACCUACCUGUGAGGUUUUGGUGAACUGCACUUUGACUGAAAAAGACUGUAUCUACAGCUUCAAACUGGACCAAAAUGGUUGUCGCAUUUGUCAGUGCAAAACUAGGGAGGAGCUGUGCACCGGCCUCAUUUCGGGCUGUUCCUUGGAUUGUUCCUUCGGCUUCCAGACUGACGCCCACAACUGUGAGAUCUGUCAGUGCCGGCCGCGGCCCAAGAAGUGCAAACCCAUUGUAUGUGACAAGUACUGUCCCUUUGGAUACUUGAAGAACAAGCAUGGCUGUGAAAUCUGUCGGUGUAAGAAGUGCCCCAACCUGCCGUGCGGUAAAAUCUGUCCUUUGGGCUUCCAGCAGAACAGUCAUGGCUGUGUUAUCUGCAAGUGCAGAGAGGCAACAGCAUCUCCUAUGCCUCCUGUUAAAACAGGCUCUUGCCUGUCCAUGGAUGGUCACCGACAUGAGAAUGAGGAGAGCUGGCACGAUGGCUGCAGGGAAUGUUACUGUCACAAUGGACGGGAAAUGUGUGCCUUGAUCACCUGCCCCGUUCCCAACUGUGGCAACCCCACCAUACAUCCAGGGCAGUGUUGUCCAUCGUGUCCAGAUGAAAUAAUAGUGCAAAAGCCAGAGCUCACCAGUCCAUCAAUCUGUCAUGCUCCCGGUGGGGAAUACUUUGUAGAAGGAGAGACAUGGAACAUUGAUUCUUGCACACAAUGCACAUGCCACAGUGGACGUGUCCUGUGUGAGACUGAAGUCUGUCCACCUCUUCUUUGUCAAAACCCCACCCGCACACAGGACUCCUGCUGUCCACAGUGCCCAGAUGAUACUCUUCAGCCCUCUCCAUCAAGCAAUGAGAGCAUGCCCAGUUACUGCAAAAACGAUGAGGGAGAUAUUUUUCUGACAGCUGAGUCCUGGAAGCCAAAUGUCUGCACUAGCUGCAUUUGCAUGGAUGGUGUGAUUAGAUGCUACUCUGAGUCUUGCCCACCGGUAUCCUGUGAGAGACCUGUUCUGAGAAAGGGACAAUGUUGUCCUUACUGUAUUGAAGAUACAGUUCCAAAGAAAGUGGUCUGCCACUUCAGCGGAGAAACGUACGCAGAUGAGGAACGCUGGGACAUUGACAGCUGCACACACUGCUACUGCCUGCAGGGUCAAACUCUCUGCUCCACUGUCAGCUGCCCACCUCUGCCUUGUGCUGAACCCAUCAAUGUGGAGGGAAGCUGCUGUCCCAUGUGUCCAGAGAUGUAUGUACCUGAACCCACUAACAUCCCUAUUGAGAAGACAAAUCAUCGAGGAGAUGUUGAACUAGAAGUACCAAACUGGCCAACACCAAGUGAAAAUGAUAUAAUCCACAUUCACAGAGACAUGAACCAUCUCCAGGGAGAAUACCGGAGUGGCAGUGGGCCACACCUCAGCGAAGAUGCAUCCGUCAGCUCUGUUGCCUUGGUGACAAUCCCAAUCACGAUAGCGCUGUUACUGAUCAUCGUGCUCCUGCUCAUCAACCAGAAAAAACAGUGGAUUCCAGUGUCCUGCUACAAAGCUCCAACAAAGCCUUCUUGCCUGAACAAUCAACUGGUGUAUGUGGACUGCAAGAAAGGUACCAUGGUCCAGGUGGACAGUUCUCAGAGGAUGCUAAGAAUUGCAGACCCAGAUUCAAGAUACAGUGGAUUUUACAGCAUGCAGAAACAGAACAACCUACAGGCAGAUAAUUUCUAUCAAACAGUUUGAAGAAUUGCACCCUUACCAAGGAUUUAAGAAAGAGAAAGAGAGACAGUCUGCUAUUAAAAUAAAACUAGAAUUGUGCAGUUGCUUAGUGGAUUGUAUUGGAUUUGUGACUACAUGUACAGCUCUAAGACCUUUCUGGGAUGAGCUCUGACUCCUGCAAUGUGCCAGAAAAAGCAUUCCCACUUUUCCUUGAGAUAACUGACCAAGUGUUUUCUUAGAACCAAAGUUUUAAAACUUGUUAAGAUGUAUUUGCUUGUAACAUAGCUAUAGAGGUUUUUUGGGAGGGGGAAUCAGGGGCUAGGGGUAGGCAAUGAAGUAAAAGGAAGCUUCAGAGAAGAAAAGCUGGUCAUGCUUGGCUGGAGAUAAAAAUAUACUGCCGAGCAGCAGGAUAGUGGUUUUCCUUGUUGCUCUGAAAUUGCAUCUGUUGCAGCAAAAGCCUAACCCCAGGUGAAAAAAAAAAAAUGAAAAGGUCUGAUUAUUUUUUCCCAGCUGUUGCUACAGUAAUGUACUCCUAGAACAGAAUUUGUCACAUCACAGGUGUGGUGUAGCUGCAAAUAUUUUUCUAUAUGAUGAGAAGCUGCAGUAGUUAAUGAAAUAGCAAGGAAAAGAUUAUAGCAGAAGAUAAAGGGUGGGUUUAUUAAGGAUGUAUAAAAUUAUACCUUGUGCUGCUUUUUGUUUUUAUUUUUGUUUUUAUUUUGGUUUUCUUCAAAGCUGAUUGGCUAGAUUAGCCAGACUUCAGCAGAGUUAGCAAAUGACUGAGGCCUAAGUAAUUCCUGAUAUGAGCACUGGAUCUUUUGACAGCAGUAUUGAAGGGAGAAAGGAAGGAAAGAAGGAAGGAAGGACGGACAGAUGGAAGGAAGGAAGGAAAAGUCAAGAACACCAUGCAGUUCCAGGGGCUUUUGUUUGUUUGUUUUGUCUGUUGUGGUUUUGUUUUGUUAUUUUAUAUCAAUCUCUGGUUGUUAUACAGGAGAAGGAAAAAUAUUUUUGUUGGACAAAGCUCUUGCAUACAAGAGAGUAAAAAGGAGACUGUUUUAAGGUUGUUGUUUUUUUCCUGUUGAUGUUCUUAUUUACUGGUAUGCAGAUUUAGAAACUACUUCCAUGCUAGGAAGCUGCUUAAUUUUAAUUGUAUAUUACUCAAGCACCUUUUUUGAAGCUCAGAAAAAAAAAAAA